AUGACCAACGAACUCAACGCCAAACCUGUACCCAACAAAUCUGGGACCCGACGAUCCAUUUCUGAGUCACCCGUCAUGCCGAUGCCAGAGUCUCCAAGCGAUCGUAUGGCAGCACUUAAGAAUCUGGGCGCAACGUUCCAAGAAGGCCAUCAAAAGAUCUCAAAAGUAGCGACACCUACAGAAGAGUUCGUCCCCAGCUUUGUAGACACGCAUCAAGUCGAGGCAAUGGCUCAGAACCAUAGCAAUAAUGAUAGUAACAACGACAGCAACGGUAACCAGGGAGGCCCUGAUUCAUUACAGGACGCUGGCAUGGCAACCAAAGUGGAUUGA